AUGGACGAGCUGCCUGUCGGGACAAAAAUUGAACACUGGUUGAACUCUGUGAAGCCAGAGAGCUACGACCCAGAGAUGGGUAACACCAGGGGACCUACAGAGAGCGACCCCAGGACAGAAGCACAUCACCUGGGUAUCAAGGCAGAGGAUGCCCCUCUGUACUUCCAAGAUGGAAGGAUACGCCUGUGGUCGGCUACCAGCCAGCAGUUCAAUCUGACUGCAUUCCGGUCCGACCCAGAAUGGCGGCCUCGCAACCAGAAGGUCCGCCGGUUUCUGUGGACGGAAGUUCUUCUCCAAAACCACGCUGGAGUUCCCGUAUCCACACACAGUACCGGCCGUACUCCUGCGAGUGAUGCGCAGCCCUACGUCUGCCCCCAGUACAGCCAAGGCUUCAAGAUCUCCGCCCACCUGAAGCGCCACAUGACGGCCCACAGUGGGUGUAAACUGUACGUGUGCCCGGAGUGUGGCCAGAGUUACAUGAGUCUGAAGUAUCACCGGCUGAGCCACACCGGCGAGUGCCCGCUGUCCUGCCCAGAGUGUCCCAUGACCUUUGCCGGGCCGCACACCCUUAUGAUCCACCGGCGACAACACACCGGAGAGACGCCGUUCUCUUGCCAGGACUGUGGGAACCAGUUCAAACAGCGGUGCAAGCUAAAAGACCACGUCAGAAGGAAACACACAGGGGAGAAACCUUACAAAUGCUCAGAUUGCGACAAAUGCUUUGUCACUUCGGCAUCCCAUAAUGCACACAUGGUUGUCCACACCAGAGAGAAGCCGUACAAAUGCAUAGAGUGUGGUAUUAGCUACAGUCAGAGUGGGAAUCUAACGCAGCACAUGAGGAGACACGCAGGGGAGAAACCAUACAAAUGCUCUGAGUGCGACAAGUGCUUUGUCAAUUCUACGUUGCGUAAAGUGCACAUGGUUGUCCACACAGGGGAGAAGCCGUACAAAUGCACGCAGUGCGGUAAGAGCUACAGUCAAACUGGGUCCCUGAAGAGGCACAGGUGUAAGAAGAAACCCAGGUGA